AUGUCAACAGAUCCAUCGUCAACACAACAACGACUUGACUUCGCGCCAUUGCAUCGCACAGUGGAACUAGAAAAUAUUCAUGCUCAAGUUACACAAAACGAUUUGAAUGUGCAACAACAGGAACCACGACAGUCAGCACAGAAGCCAACCUCGCCAUCAACACAAGCUAUCGAUUUCGAUACAAUCCAGCCAGCUGUGUUGCGAACACGGCAAGGCACAGCGACAUAUAGUGGCACUACCGAGCGAGGUCGAUGUCAAACUCUAGGAAAUGCAGAAAUGGCAUUGACUGAAGAUUGUUUUUACUCUCAAGUCACUGUCACAGGAUGUUGUGGUGAUCAAGGAUUGCUUCGUAUACCAGUCUUAUCAGUUAAAGAUAUUCGACAACAAGCAUAUUUCAAUGGUCGCUAUCGUACGGACUAUCCACACAUGGUCAUAACUUAUGUGGUGACGGACACGAAAGGUUCACAUGAGUAUCAAGCUGGCUGGCAAAUGAAUGAAGCUGCUUAUAAUCAGUGGAAAACCGCAAUCGAACAAUUGAGAGAUCGACAUCCUGCAUCUGAACGUGCAUAG